AUGGCCUACGAAAUAUCCAUCUCCCAAAAACUAUCCCCCUCGCUAGAACCGCACGCCUCCACUCUAAAAACAUUUAUGCAAUCCUUCUACGCCACCAGCGACAAUCCCACCGCUCACGAAGAGUACGCGCGCGAGUAUUUCACGCCAGACGCCACGCUGAUCAUGGGCGGGAAGCGUGCUACGGGGUUUGACGAAAUACUAUCUCUCCGCAAAUCCCUCUGGACAAAAGUCUCCUCCCGCAGACACACGGCGACAAAAAUAUUUUUUGGCGGGGAGAGUGAUUUGAUGCUUUUUGGAAAGGUGGUGUAUGUGAUGAAAGGAACCAGCAAUGAUGAUGGGGUAGAGUUGGAUUGGUCGGCGAGGGCAGAGUUUGUUUUUGAUGAUGGUGAGAGUAAAAAGCCAAGGAUGAAGUAUUAUCAGGUGUAUUUGGAUACUGCUGCUCAACUCGCAGCAGCCCAAAAGGCGCUGUAG